AGGUGUGAAAACUUCCCUUUGAUGUGGUUAAUUUUUAACACAUUUACAGUAAUAACAUGUGUUUCAUUUAAGUUAAACAAACAGUGUAGCCUAGUAUGAGCAAAUGAUUGACAGGAACAUGAUCCACCCAAAUUUGGCAAUAUAAAUACUGUAGGCCUAUAUGGUCAAACAGUCUUGGUGAGGAAUGUGACCAGAAAGUGGCCUUGUUCGAAAAAGGUUUAAGAACAGAGAAUGAUGUGUCAUCACAUCACACUGUGUGUGCUGCCUCUGAUGGUGCUAACGCAUGCAAUGACGCCUGUCUUGACCAUUCCUGUUUUUGACCCCUGUCACAACUAUACUACCUUGGAUGAACCCUGGAGAGCUACCAACUACACUGACGACUUCAGUCAUUGCGACAGUCGAGUCUCCUGGCACGGCUGGUACCGGUUGCUGUAUCAUGGACAGACUAUACGGAUGCCCGAGGAGUGCUUACGUAGAUCUGGAUGUGGCACCGCUGGCCAGCUGUGGAUGAAUGGAACCCACCCCCAACUACAGGAUGGGAUAGUUACAAGGAGGAUAUGUAAGGUUGUAGGCUUUGACUGCUGUUUUGACAGAGCCCCUCCAAUUAAAGUCAAAGCUUGUCCAGGAAACUACUAUGUCUACCAGUUUGUGGCGCCCAAUGGCUGUAAUUAUGCUUACUGUGCAGUCUCGACUAACCCUUGCGGUGACGUCCACUGCACUGAAGAUGAGUCUGUCAUGAAAAACCAAUCAGACAGGAGGGAUGCCAUGCUGUUGUUUGUGGGCUAUACUCUGUGUCUGGUGACACCUCUCUUGGCCAGCCCUGUUUUCGACCCCUGUCACAAAUACACCACCUUGGAUGAACCCUGGAGAGCUACCAACUACACUGACAACUUCAAUCAUUGCGACAGUCGAGUCUCCUGGGAUGGCUGGUACAGGUUGCUGUAUCAUGGACAGACUAUACGGAUGCCCGAGGAGUGCUUACGUAGAUCUGGAUGCGGCACCGCUGGCCAACUGUGGAUGAAUGGAACCCACCCCCAACUACAGGAUGGGAUAGUUACAAGGAAGAUAUGUAAGGCUUUGGCCUGGCGUGGCUGCUGUUUUGACCGAGGCCCUCCGAUUCAAGUCAAAGCUUGUCCAGGAAACUAUUAUGUCUACCAGUUUGUCCAGCCCAAUGGCUGUAAUUAUGCUUACUGUGCAGAUGUGAACACCAUAUCCACAAACAUUUCUCCUACAUCUGCAACUGUGCACACCUCAACAGUCUCGACUAACCCUUGUGGUGACAUCCACUGCACAGAAGAUGAGGUAUGUGGGGAAGUAUAUGGAAUCUAUGGCUGCUUGUGCAAGAGCCAUCACCAACCUAUCCCAGAGUCAUUUGGAUUAGUUGCCACAUGCCACAAUAGCUCCUGCUGGAUUUCACUAUCCCGCUGCCUCCUCUUUGAGGCUGGCUUUCCUGCUCAAGUUCUGCACCUCAACGAUCCGGGCUGCACAGGCACAGUUCUAGAGGGACAGGUGAAGUUCCAUUUCAACAAUGACGACCAGAAAUGCGGAACUGUUCUAAGGGUCAAUAAAACCCACUUCAUCUACGAGAAUUCUAUUCAGGGGACAGCCGACUCUGCAGAAGGUCAUAUUAUUAGCAGACAGAGGCAACUGAGUCUGCAGUUUUUCUGUGAAUAUCCUAUAAAACAAAAUGAUUCCAUGGAUAUGGCUAUUCAUGUCUUAAAAGGUGAUAUCUCACAUCAUAACAUUUCUUAUAAUUUGCCUGCAACACACGGGACAUACCAAGUUCAGAUAACUCCAUAUAAGGAUGCAGACUUCACACAGCAAUUUAGUGGCAAUGUGACUGGGCAACCUGAGGAGACUAUCUACAUAGCCGUGGACGUGAAAGGAGUGGACGGCCGCCAGUUCUCCAGUGUUUUGGACUCCUGUUGGGCCACACCCAUCAAUGGUUCAACCUCCUCCAUCAACUGGGACCUCAUCACAAAUCAGUUUGUUGACAUGAAAUAA